AUGCGCUUUAGUCAACGCGGAUGUCGUUCCUCUUUAGUCAACGCUCGUGCUGGCGCGUCAGUGGACGACCCGGCCGCUCCACACCUCACGAUGAGGUGUGCUACAGCAGCUUUCGUUCGUUCUAUUCACUCGUUUGUUCCAUUCCCACCGUCGCUUGUCUCGUCCCUUGCACUCAUUUCCCUCCCUCACCCGUUCCUUCGCAGAGCUAAUUUGCAUCCAUUGAACGUCCCUGGUGCUGCUCGAGUCAACGUCCGUUCAUUUCGGGCCAAUUUCGAUGCCUUCGCGGACGACAUUGCUGCCUUCGCGAAAGUCCCUACUGCCUUCGCGAACGUCCCUGAUGCCUUUGCGAACGACAUUCCUGCCUUCGCGGACGACAUUCCUGCCUUCGCGGACGACAUUCCUGCCUUCGCGAACGUCCCUGAUGCCUUCGCGAACGACAUUGCUGCAAUCGCGAACGACUUUGCUGCCUUCGCGGACGACAUUGCUGCCUGCGCGGACGACAUUGCUGUCUCGCGGGCGACAUUGCAGCCUUCACAGAUGAUCUCCGUGUCUGCUGCCUUCGCGAGCGUCCCUGGUGCCUUCGCGAGCGUCUCUGGUGCCUUCGCGGACGUCCCUGGUUCCUUCGCGAACGACAUUGCUGCCUUCGCGGGCGACAUUGCUGCCUUCGCAGACGACAUUGCUGCCUUCACAGAUGACGUCCCUGGUGUCUUCGCGAGCGUCCCUGGUGCCUUCGCGAGCAUCCCUGGUGCCUUCGCGAGCAUCCCUGGUGCCUUCGCGGACGUCCCUGGUGCCUUCGCGGACGUCCCUGGUGCCUUCGCGGACGUCCCUGGUGCCUUCGCGAGCGUCCCUGCUACCCCCGCAAGCAACCCUGCUACCUUAGCGAACGUUUCUCUAGACCCGCAUGCAGUGACUUGGCGAGCAGCAGGGCGCUCUUCCUUGGCUGGACCGACCGCCUGCCACACGCUCCACGCAAGAGAUAAGAUGAGUACCUCCGCUCCCUCCCUCUCUGCCUCCGCCUUUUCCUGCUUCUGCAAUGUCUCGCUUUCAUGCACCUCCCAUCGCUCUAGCUGCCUGUACCUUGGCUCUCCUCUCUGCUCUCCACUCCACGCUGCUUCUGCUUCUGCUGCUGCUGCUGAGCGGACUUCCACUGCCACUGGCGGAUUAAGGGACUCGCCUCACCACGACUGGCGGACUGAGGGACUCGCGGCUGUGUGCAAGGUACCGCCGCUGGAAGGGGAAGUCGUUGUGCGUUCAGCCACGGUUGCUGCUACUGGUGGAGGCGCAGGCGGCGGCGGCAGUGGUGGUGGUGGCGGCUGUGGUGCUGAUGGCGGCGUUGGUGGUGGUGGCGGCAUUAGUGUCCCAAGCCUGGAUUCCAAUAGCCGCACGUUAAGGCAUAAUGGACGAACACCAGACCUUGCGGCCGGGGGUCUGGUGGGGCUCCCCUCUUGCUACGUCGGUGAGGGUUCAGGUCUUGGGCUGGCUCAUAGCCUCACUGCUGCUGCCGCUGUGGUGCUCCUGGCGAGUGGCUGUGGGGAGUGGUGGGGAGAGCAAGGCGGGGGAAGGAGGUUGGCCUUUCAGGGCAAGGCUUGUGAGGGCAAGGGGGGGGAGGGGGGUUGGAAUCCCCAGGCUAAGGCAAGCAAGGGGCAGAGGAAACCCCCUCCUCUGUCCUUAGCUUGCCUUGGUCUGGUGGUUUCAGUCCUCUUCUCUUGCCUCUCACAAGCCAUGCUCUGGGAGGCUCAACCUCUUUCUUUUUUCCUUGCUCUCGCCUUACGCAGGGGGUUCAGCCCCCCUCCACUAGCACUCUGCCUUGCCUCACUGCCCUCCUCUCUGUGA